AUGACAGAUGAUGAUUUUGAAACAGAGUAAAACUUAUUAGGAUCAAUUUUAUCAAGUAAAUUACUAUUUUAUAUGUAAGUAUGUGAUGAAAAUGAGUCUUAUGAUUAGAAGAAAUUAAAUGUAAGCACUGAAUGCAAUUAAACUCAAAAUUUAGAUAAAAUCUAAAGAUAAUAUAACUUUUAAACAACAGAUACAUUCAGCAAAUCCUUCGAAUAAAUAAGUUUGUGUUCAGAUCAAAUAUGCAGCCCUAUUUCACCUGAUAGAAAGGUUUAAUAAAAUAAUUUUGGGGUUUGCACGUCAUUUAGCUCUGAUAAUCAAACAAGUUUAGAGAAUUCAAUGAUCUUUGGAAAUACUCGUUGUUUUGAUUGCUUUUAAAAAUAACCUGAAUAAUUUUCACCAAUAUUUUUCAGUUAAACCAAUCCAAUUUGGCCUUAAUAUCAAAAACCAAAUCAAAAUUUAGAUAUAUAAUUAGACUAUGAUAUUGUAAUGUUUUAUAUAAUUAUAUUAUAGGAGAAUAUGUGUGGAAAUCAAGUGUUAUCAAGAAAAGUCUAAAAAAUAUUUGAAACUGGAUCUCCAAAUUAAAAACAAUAAAUAUUCUGUAAAGUAUAAGCUAGUUGUUAAGAAUUCUCAAAAGACAUCUUUGGAAAUUAUUUAAUUUAAAAGAUCCUUGAAAAAGGUAAUAAAUUAUUAAAUUAUUUUUUAGGAACACUAGUCUAAUAAGUUUAGAUCUUUUAAUAAUUAUUACCUUAUGUUUUUGAAUUAUCGAAAAAUAGUUUUGGUUGUAGAGUUAUUUAAAAACUAAUCGAUAUAAUUUCUAAAAAUAAUCGCCUUGUAAACCCAUUUAUUCAAGAAAUAAAGCAAAAUAUUUAAUUUCUGCUGAUUGAUUAAAAUGGUAAAUAUGUAAUUUUAAAAUGUUUGGAAAACUUUUCUCUAGAUGCAGUUAAAUUUAUAUUGAAACCAACUGAAGAUUUAUGUGUCUAUAUGUGUGAUUCAUAAUAUGGGUGCAAAAUUAUUUAAAAACUUAUUGAUAAUUAUCCAGCUUAAGUAGAUAAUUUAAUAUAAAUUUGUAUAUCUAAUUAAAAUCUACUCUAUAAAUCUUAAUAUGGAAAUCACAUAAUUUAAUAUGCCAUUAAAUAACCCAAAAAUUUAGAUUUUAUAGCAAUCUAUAUACUUAAUCAUUUAGAAUCCUUAUGUUUUAAUAAAUAUGCAAGUAACACUGUAGAAGCUAUCCUUGAAUAUUUAACUCCAAAACUUAAGAAUAAUUUUAUUCAAAUUUUAAUCAAACCUUCAGAUUAAAAUGGAAUGUAAUAAAAUUAUGUAUUUUAGGUUCAUUUUUCUAAAUAUCGCCACUAAUCCAUUUGGAAAUUAUGUUAUAAAAAAAUUAUUAUAGAUAUUUGAUCUUGAACAAACGCAAUAACUUUUAGAUCUGAUUAAAUAGAAUCCAAAUUUAUUAUAAUAAAUAAAACAAUCAGAAUAUGGAUAACGAAUAUUUACUCUAUUGACAAUAUAGUUAAAUGAUUAAAAUUGA